AUGCAGAUGCUCACAAAGUUCGAGAGCAAGUCGAACCGGGUCAAGGGCAUCGCGUUCCACCCGCGCCUGACGCUCCUCGCCGCGUCGCUCCACUCGGGCUCGAUCCAGCUGUGGAACUUCCAGAUGGGCGUCCUCGUCGACCGCUUCGAGGAGCACGACGGCCCCGUGCGCGGCAUCGACUUUCACCCGACCCAGCCCUUGUUCGUCUCGGGCGGCGACGACUACAAGAUCAAGGUGUGGAACUACAAGACGCGCCGGUGCCUGUUUACGCUCCACGGCCACCUCGACUACGUCCGCUCGGUCUACUUCCACCCGGAGCAGCCCUGGAUCAUCUCGGCGUCCGACGACCAGACGAUCCGCAUCUGGAACUGGCAGAGCCGCACGUGCAUCGCCAUCCUCACCGGCCACAAUCACUACAUCAUGUGCGCCCAGUUCCACCCGAAGGAGGACUAUGUCGUGUCGGCGUCGAUGGACCAGACGGUGCGCGUGUGGGACAUCUCGGGCCUGCGCAAGAAGUCGACGACGGCGGCCCCGCUCUCGUUCGAGGAGCAGAUCCAGCGGGCCAACGCCGGCCAGGCCGACCUGUUUGGCAACACGGACGCCGUCGUCAAGUACGUCCUCGAGGGCCACGACCGCGGCGUGAACUGGGCGACGUUCCACCCGACCCUGCCCCUCAUCGUGUCGUGCGGCGACGACCGCCAGAUCAAGCUGUGGCGCAUGUCCGAGACCAAGGCGUGGGAGGUCGACACGUGCCGCGGCCACUACAACAACGUGUCGAGCGCCCUGUUCCACCCCAAGCACGAGCUCAUCAUCUCGGACUCGGAGGACAAGACGAUCCGGGUGUGGGACAUGUCGAAGCGCACGGCGGUCCAGACGUUCCGCCGCGAGAACGACCGGUUCUGGGUCCUGACAGCCCACCCGCGCCUCAACCUGUUCGCCGCCGGGCACGACUCGGGCCUGAUCGUGUUCAAGCUCGACCGCGAGCGCCCGGCGUUCGCGACGCACGGCAACACGCUCUUCUACGUGCGCGACAAGCACGUGCGCGCGCAUGACUUUGCGACGGGCCAGGACACGAGCGUCGUGUCGGUGCGCCGCCUCGGCACCCAGUACCAGCAGCCGCGCACCCUGUCGUACAACCCGGCCGAGAAGGCCGUCAUCGUCACGUCGACGAGCGACAACGGCCUGUACGAGCUCGUGCGCCUGCCGCGCGACAUGGCGUCGGGCGAGGUGCGCGACAGCGCGAGCGACGGCAAGCGCGGCACGGGCUCGUCGGCCCUGUUCGUCGCGCGCAACCGCCUCGCCGUCCUCGACCGCGCGGCGCAGACGAUCGAGAUCCGCGACCUCGACAACGCCAUCACCAAGACGAUCAAGUGCCCCGUCCAGACCCAGGACAUCUUCUUUGGCGGCACGGCGAGCCUGCUCCUGUCGACGGCGACGUCGGUCGUCCUGUACGACAUCCAGCAGCAGAAGACGGUCGCCGAGCUCGCGACGCCGCUCGUCAAGUACGUCGUGUGGAACCACGACAACACGAUGGUCGCCCUCCUGUCCAAGCACACGAUCAUGCUCGCCAACAAGACGCUCGGCCAGGCCAACCUCAUCCACGAGACGAUCCGGAUCAAGAGCGGCGCGUGGGACGAUGCCGGCGUCCUCCUGUACACGACGCUGAACCACGUCAAGUACGCGCUCCCGAACGGCGACAACGGCAUCAUCAAGACGCUCGAGCAGCCCGUGUACCUGACCCGGGUCCGCGGCAAGAGCGUGCACGUCCUCACGCGCGACGCCCGCCCCGAGACGCUCGUCAUCGACCCGACCGAGUACCGGUUCAAGCUCGCCCUCGUGCGCAAGAACUAUGACGAGGUCCUCCACAUCAUCAAGACGAGCAACCUCGUCGGCCAGAGCAUCAUCGCCUACCUCCAGAAGAAGGGCUUCCCCGAGAUCGCGCUCCACUUUGUCCAGGACAAGACGACCCGGUUCGACCUCGCCAUCGAGUGCGGCAACCUCGACGUCGCGCUCGAGAUGGCCAAGGCGCUCGACCGCGAGGACACGUGGGCGCGCCUCGGCCAGCAGGCGCUCAAGCAGGGCAACCACAAGAUCGUCGAGGUCGCCUACCAGCGCACCAAGAACUUUGACCGCCUCUCGUUCCUGUACCUCACGACGGGCAACCAGGACAAGCUCGCCAAGAUGAGCAAGAUUGCCGAGAUGCGCGGCGACCCCAUGUCGCGCUUCCACAACGCGCUCUACACGGGCAACGUCGAGGCGCGCGUCACCGUCCUCCUCGAGGCCGGCCUGCACCCGCUCGCCUACAUGACGGCCAAGACGAACGGCCUCGACGACCUCGCGCAGCAGGUCCUCGACGAGGCCGGCCUCACCGAGGACGACGUCGCCGGCGUCCUGCCCGCCUCGCUCCCGCAGCGCUCGACCCUGCGCCCGCCGCCCAUCGUCACCCACACGUUCGAGCACAACUGGCCCUCGGUCGGCGUCACCGAGAGCUUCUUCGACCGUGCGCUCGCUGCGGCCGCGAGCGGCGAGCCGACCGGGCUCGACGCGUACGACGGCGACGACCUUCUCGAGCAGGCGGUCGCCGGCGAGGAGGGCGGCCUCGCGUGGGCCGCCGAGGACGGCAACACGCUCGACCGGCAGGCGGCGCAGGAGGCCGAGGACGCGUGGGAUCUCGCCGACGAGGGCGGCGACGGCGCGGCGGCAGGAGGCGCCGACGACGCGUUCCUCAACGGCGGCGGCAGCGGCGAGGCGGGCGGCGAGGGGGCGGCAGAGUUCGGCGGCGCCGGAGCCGACGACGAGCUCGCGGGCGCGGUGCAGCCCGGCAUCCCCGAGGGCGAGCUGUGGGUGCGCAACUCGCCGCUCGCGGCCGACCACGUCGCGGCAGGUUCGUUCGAGACGGCCAUGGGCCUCCUCAACCGCCAGGUCGGCGUCGUCGACUUUGCGCCGCUCAAGCCCUUGUUCCUCGGCGUGUACCGGUCGUCGCGCCUGUACCUGCCCGCCGCGCCGUCGCUCCCGCCGCUCGAGAUCCCGCUGCGGCGGAACGCCGAGCGCGCCGAGCCGAGGAGCGUCCUCCCCGUCGCGACCCUGUCGCUGCACGGCAUCACGUCGGGCAAGCUGCGCGAGGCGUACGCGGCGUUCCAGCGCGCCAAGUUCUCCCUCCUCCUCGUCGUCACGUCGACGGCGGCCGAGGCGGCCGAGCUGCAGGAGCUCGUCAUCGUGUGCCGCGAGUACCUCAUCGGCCUGUCGCUCGAGAUUGAGCGACGGAGGAUCGCGGCCGACCCGACGCAGCUCAAGCGCCAGCUCGAGCUCGCCGCCUACUUUACGCACUGCCGCCUCCAACCCGCCCACCUCCAGCUCGCGCUCCGCCUCGCCAUGACGACCUUCUCCAAAGCCAAGAACUACCCGACGGCGGCGUCGUUUGCGCAAAAGCUCCUCGACCUCAACCCGGCGGCCAACGUGGCGCAGCAGGCCAACACGGUCCUCCAGACGGCCAACCGGUACCCGCGCGACGCCGUCGACAUCGACUACGACGUCCACCAGGCGUUCGACGUGUGCCCGGCGAGCUUGACGCCGCUGUACGGCCAGGCGCAGGCCGUCGAGGACCCGUUCACGGGCGCGCGGUACCACCCGCAGUUUGCCGGCCAGGUCUGCCGCGUCAGCGGCGUCACCGAGGUCGGCAAGAGCGCGAGCGGGCUCAGGAGCUCGGCGGCGUAGAGCGGGCCGCACGAGCAGCUCGCACACACGGAUACCCUCCCUCUCCAUCUCUCUCUCCUCGUCGACCACCUCGACCACCACCACCAGCUGUGCCUCUCAUCGUCUCUUUUGCAGUUCCCCCUUCCUCCUCUUUCUCGUGCAUUCUAAAACGUGCAAGGCGA